AUGAAAAACGAGCAUAUCACAGACUGCAACGACCUCCACGCCGUCAACACUAUCUCCGGGGGUUUUGUCGUUGAGAGUGAACACUCGAGUGCUCCCGAAAGACCUCGGAAGCAGUUCAGCCUCGUGUCACUAGCAGGCAUUGGUCUUGUGGUUGGCAAUACCUGGCCUGCCCUUGGCGGAGCCAUUGGCACAUCGAUAUUCAAUGGCGCUGCCCCUGGAGUCUUGUAUGAGUUCAUCGCCGUUUCGUUGUGUUAUUUCUGCGUUGCUGCCACGCUUGCGGAACUUGCAUCUGCACUUCCUUCUUCCUCUGGUGUCUAUCUCUGGGCAUCAUUCACCCCGGGAAAUAGAUGUGGUAGAGUGGUGGGUUACUUUGCUGGAUGGUGGAACUGUCUCGCUUGGGUAUUUGCCGAGGCGUCCAUGUCGAUGAUAUGUAGUAAUCUAUGUGUACAAAUGUAUGCAUACCAGCACCCCGGCUUUGUUCAACAGCUGUGGCACGUCUUUGUUUGUUUCUUGCUCAUUACCUGGCUGGCCUGCGCAAUCGUAUGCCUUGCCCAGUUCUUCAUCGCACGCCUCAAUAUCGUCGGCUUGGUCCUUAUCCUCCUGGGAGCCCUUGUCACGAUUAUCAUCUGCGCGGCCAUGGUCACCAACGGCCCUGGCCCGGGACCGGCCUCGAGCGCCACGGUCUGGAGAGGCUGGUCAGCGAAUAUUAGGUACCCUGAUGCCAUCACCUUUCUGGCUGGCAUGCUCAACGCCAGCUUUGCCCUCGGGACUCCUGACGCGGUAAGCCAUCUGGCCGAGGAGAUCCCGCACCCCGAGACGAACGUGCCCAAGGCCGUGGCGAUGCAGUACAUUCUCGGCUUCGUAUCCGGAUUUUCGUACCUCAUCACCAUCAUGUACUGCAUCACCGACUACGAUGCCAUCGCAGGCUCGGCUUUCCCCAUCGCCGAGGUCUACAACCAGGCCACGGGUCACUACGCUGGCGGUGCCGCCACCCUGGCUCUUCUGGCGCUCCUGCUCCUGCCCACGUUUGGCUGCACUAUCGGAUGUUAUGUGACCUGCGGUCGUACACUUUGGGUGCUGGCACGAGAUGGUGCUACCCCCUUCCCCUCGCAUCUCGGCCACAUCGACGCGGGCCGCGGCAUGCCUCUCGCUGCAACUCUCACCUCGGCAGUCGUCGUGUCAGUGCUCGGCAUCAUCUCCCUCGGCAGUGUUACUGCCUUCAACGCCUUUGUCGGGAGCUACAUUCUCCUGUCUACAUCUUCCUACCUAGCUGCCGCCGUGCCGUAUGUUCUGUACAGCCGACGCGUGCGCUCCAAUGACAAGGGGCAAGUUGAAAGAGGGCCGUUCUUUAUGCAUGGCAUCAUCGGCUGGGUCGUAUGUAGCUGGGCGUGUAUCUACAUGUCGGUGUGGUUUGUUGUUUACUGCUUACCAUACUCGUUGCCGACGGUCGCCCAGGACAUGAACUACACGUCACUGAUCUGGGGCGGGAUGACUCUGAUUGUGACGGCUUGGUGGUUCAUUGAAGCUCGACACAAGUGCGUCAGGCCCAAGAGAGUGCUAGCGUACAUUGAGUAA